AUGUCUACAUCAUUGACAACCGGAAAGACCACCAAGCAAUUUGCUGAGUCAGCUCAAGAUGAUACCAAACUAUUAGUUCUUGAACAGAUAUUGAAGGAGUUGAGAGAAGUCUCUUCUCAUUUGAGAAAGCAAGAAACUCGUCUUAGUUCUGUAGAAAAUGGGCUACGCGAAAGAUCCAAGCUGGUGGAUGGAAAGCCUAUUAUAUGUGGCGGAAAUACCAUUCAGGUGUAUAGCAAUGACGGAAGAACGUCAAGAACUCAGAUUGUUGACAAGACUGACGAGAGUUCGAGUGGUAAUUCCACCGUAGUGCCACUGAAGUAUGGAAUUCAGGGAGCAAUAUCAUUACCAUUGGACGUUAUGCAAAUCUACCACACCGAUGCAAUUUCAUUUGAGAGAUUAGGAAGAAAAGGUGUAAUCGAAGACGAAGUUCCGCGAUUGGCCACAUCCUCAGAGAUUGAUCGCUGGACAAGUGUUGUAGGAGACAUUUACAAGGUCCCCGAAGAUGGAAGACUCAGAUUAACAUUCUCAACACGAUGGCUAUUGAUGUUGGCAUCAUCUGAUGAUGCCCAGCAACAUCUUGACCGGAUAGCGCACGAUGAACAGCUAUGCAGAGGUCACACAACAAUCACUGACCUUUUUGAUAGUGGGCAGAUAAUACGAUAUUCGAUUGGUGUUCAGGACUCAAAUUCUGGGUCUCACAAUAAUCACUGUCUUAAUCCUACUUCCACACCAUGUCCUGUUGGAACUCCAAACUCGAAACCAUUGGUCGCUCCAUGGAGAAGAGUAAUCUCCAUAUCAUGUCCUGAGCUCAGGUCAACAACUCUUACUCAAGAACUCGUACGAAGAGAAGAUAACGAUAUCAGAUCCCAGACUAUCCCGUGCGCCGUGAGAGGAAUUACCCCCAUGGAUCGUAUCAUUUUCCAUAUCAAGUAUUUUGAAAUACACAAUGUAAAGCGGGAGGAAUAUAUUUGUGUGCCUUGGACAAAGUUAAAGUCGGGAAGGUUGCAUAGUGACAAAGAAUUUUCGAGUGGAAAGUUUCGCAUUCUACUGGAAAGCUCGUACCGGCUUGUUGCACUGGCAGACAGAGGUUGUAAACAGUACUGGACCUUGUUGGAACAUAAGCCAUUGAUUUUCAGCCAGACAAUCUCGGAAGUAAUGCAUUCCGAUGGUACGCCUCGAAACGUUCUGUCGACUUUCUUCCGCUAUGCAAUCAAUGCCGUCUCUGAAAUGAUUUAUAAAUGGGAGCAGAUCCUUCAAUAUUUUGACGACUCGUUUACUCAAAAGAUGUCGUUCUUGAAUCCGAUCAAGCACGAUUAUCUUCUGCUAGACGACGAGACAUUUUCCAGGUCCAAGCGAUAUUUUUGGGCAAUAACGACACUCAAGGAAUUGCAUGCUGUGAUUUCAAUGAACAUAUAUAAUGUAUCUAAAUUGAUUAAUCAGAGAGAACUCACCCCAAUUGAAGGAGAUGAGGUGGAACUUGUUGAAGCCUCUCGCAAGAAAUUGCGGCAAUGUUUCAAACGAUUGGAGGGGAUAGCAGACGGAUUAAACAAAAAGAAAGAAGAAGCUAUUGACAUGAGAGAUGGCCUUUUCAAUGUCAGUGCUGUUAUGGAAAGUCGUGCUGCUACUAAAUCGGGAGAAAAUGUCAAGCUAUUGACUUUUGUGAGCAUAUACUUCCUGCCACUUUCGUUUUGUAUGUCAGUUUGGAGUAUCAAUGAUGGGAUUUUCAGUCUUCGAUUACUGGAAAUUGUUACCAUCGUUGUCGGACUGUCGACAUACCUCAUAGUUUUCAAUCUUGACAGCCUCAUGAAUUUAUCACGAGCACUGCAUCAAAGAUUUGUUGUCUUUGCAAUCUCGAUGAUGGAAAUGGAGGCUUCACACACAACCUGGGGGAAAAGAGCCUACAAUUUUGAAAAGUUCUCGCUUCAUAGGGAGAUCGAACAUAAGCCGUCGGAUUGGAGAUUGGUACAAUACUUGCUUUACCGAGCACUUGGUAUGAUAGGCACCAUAGGAAGAUCCACGGCUCUGCUUAAGCAUACCAAACAAAGACUAUCUCUUGCCACAGUAGCAUCGAUGAAAGAGGCUCGAAAUCCAAUUUGGAGAGACCGAGCUCAACGUUUCGAAGAUGCUUGGGCUGAAAAAAGUACGGACAAGCCAUCUAAUUGGCCUAUGUGUCAAUACAUUCUGGUUAAAGGGACUGGGUGUUCCCUCAUCUCUGCCUGUUUUCACCGCCAUUUUAGAGAUCAGACUGUUCCUGAACCAAGUCAGGGCCAGACUAUCACCGGAGACCUCGAGAACCAACAAAUUAAGUAG